GUGCUGCCGCUGCUCCCUGGCCGGUCAUUUCAGAAAUUAUAGUGACACUGAAACUGAAGGAGAGAUUUUUAAUUCCUUAGUGCAAUAUUUUGGUGAUAAUCUGGGGCAAAAAGUUAAAGCGAUGCCAUUAGUUGAAGAAACUUCUUUACUCGAAGAUUCGUCAGUGACUUUGCCUGUGGUAAUAAUAGGAAAUGGACCCUCAGGAAUAUGCCUUUCUUAUAUGUUAUCAGGCUAUAGACCAUAUUUAUCAUCAGAAACAAUACACCCAAAUACAAUUUUACAUAGUAAAUUAGAAGAAGCAAGACAUCUUUCCAUUGUUGAUCAGGACUUAGAGUACUUGUCUGAAGGCCUUGAGGGCCGAUCAUCCAAUCCAGUUGCAGUACUUUUUGACACACUUCUUCAUCCAGAUGCUGACUUUGGGUAUGAUUAUCCAUCCAUUUUGCAUUGGAAAUUAGAGCAACAUCAUUAUAUCCCUCACUUAGUUCUUGGUAAAGGUCCACCUGGUGGAGCUUGGCAUAAUAUGGAAGGCUCCAUGUUGACAAUCAGCUUUGGGAACUGGAUGGAGCUUCCUGGACUUAAAUUUAAAGAUUGGAUAUCUAGCAAACGAAGGAAUCUAAAAGGGGAUCGAGUUAUGCCAGAGGAAAUAGCUCGCUACUAUAAACAUUAUGUAAAAGUCAUGGGUCUUCAGAAGAAUUUCAGAGAGAAUACUUACAUAACCUCUGUAUCAAGACUCUACAGAGAUCAGGAUGAAAAUGAUAGUCAAGACUCAGAUAUUUCAACAAAGCAUUUACAGACAGAGAAGUCAAAAUUUAUCAAGAGAAACUGGGAAAUCAGAGGUUAUCAGCGAAUAGCAGAUGGUUCUCAUGUUCCCUUUUGCCUCUUUGCUGAGAAUGUAGCUCUAGCAACUGGAACAUUGGAUUCUCCAGCUCAUCUCGAAAUUGAAGGGGAAGAUUUUCCUUUCGUGUUUCAUUCAAUGCCUGAAUUUGGAGCUGCUAUAAGUAAAGGAAAGUUACAUGGCAAAGUGGAUCCAGUGUUAAUUGUAGGUUCUGGGCUUACUGCAGCUGACGCAGUACUGUGUGCUUACAACAAUAAUAUCCCCGUGAUCCAUGUUUUCCGCAGACGAGUAACUGAUCCAAGCUUAAUUUUCAAGCAGCUUCCCAAAAAGCUUUAUCCUGAAUAUCAUAAAGUCUAUCAUAUGAUGUGUACUCAGAUAUAUUCUGCAGACUCAAAUCUUUUGUCUGAUUAUACCAGUUUUCCUGAGCACCAUGUGCUUUCCUUUAAGUCGGACAUGAAAUGCAUUCUUCAAAGCAUCUCUGGAUUGAAGAAAAUAUUUAAGCUGUCUGCAGCAGUGGUAUUGAUAGGGUCUCAUCCUAAUCUUUCUUUCCUAAAGGAACAAGGAUGUUACCUAGGCCAUAAUUCAAGCCAGCCAAUCACAUGUAAGGGUAAUCCUGUGGAAAUAGAUGCAUAUACCUAUGAAUGUGUUAAAGAAGCCAACCUUUUUGCAUUAGGCCCUUUGGUUGGAGACAAUUUUGUUCGAUUUUUAAAGGGAGGGGCAUUGGGUGUUACACGCUGUUUAGCUACAAGACAGAAGAAAAAGCAGCAUUUGAUUGUUGAAAGAGGAGGAGAAGAUGGGGUAGCUUAAAACAAGUUUACAAAGAAUUUAAAUGGACAGUUUACUAUUAAAGAUUUUUAAUAGUGGUUUUGCAGUGUACUGGCCUGAAUUUUCUGGACUUGAAUUAACUGGAGGAGAGCCUCAAGCUAUAGUAACUUCAUUUUUAUAACUACCACAACUUGGCUUACUGAUUUAUAUUGUAAUGUACCGGAGAUGUCAGACAAAUAGAAACACUGCCAACUUGGUAAAUUUCAAACUUAACUAAAACAUUCUUUUCUUCCAAGACUUAUUUUUUUGUGAUCAUUUUGGGUUAUUUAUUUGAUUGCAAAAUAUUACAGCCUGGAGUCCAUAAAACCACACACUUGUUAGGCCAGACAUUGUCCUAGUGAGGACAUAUUUGGGUCACUUUGCUGCUCCAAGGAUGGUCCAAGGAUCAGCAGCAUCAUCUUUAUCUGUUGCUUGUUAGAAAUGUACUGUUGGGCCCCACAAUAUACUUGCUUAAUCAGAAAUCAAGACAUCGGUAUGCUUAUUAAAGGUUGAGAACACUGGCCUAAGUGAAAAUGGGGAUAUAAAAUAUGUAUACUAGGGCAGGGUAGGGGGAGGAGGCAUUUUCAACUCAGGUUUUAUUUAUUUUGAAAUUGUCAGUUUUAUAAAUAAUUUAUUACCAAAUAUGAUGGUCUUUUAAAAAUAUUUUUAUUAUUGAAUCCUUGAUAGGUACUUCAUUUUCUUAACUUCUAAUAAUUUAAACAUUCCAAUAAUAUUAGUAAGCACCUUGACAUACAAGAACCCGCUGUGACAUUUUUCAGGUUUAUUCUCUACUUUUAAUCAUCGUAAUAUCUAAUUAAUCUGAUUUAUAAUUCAAUAAAUUGUGGAUGGAACUACUUAUCUUUGUGUGAACAUUGAGUAACUGAUUUCUGUCACUGAAACUAAGAUAUUUGGAUAUGGUAAGAACUUCCUAAAAUUGUAAUACCAUUUGGUUAUUGUCAGGAUCAUUAAAGGUUAAUUUGGAAAAUGA